UGUGACAUCCUGCACUGUACUGUCAUGAAGAGGUGCUGCCAGCCACGCUUCAGUCUCAUGUUCUCACGUUCGUCCAUUUGGUGGGACAAUGAGGGGACCUGUAUAGGCAUCUAUGAGAACUUCCAGAAGGAGAUUUUGGAGUGGGACAGCUGGCACAGGGUGUUUGAAACAGACUGUAUGAAGAGUUUCACCCACCAGCUUAACCUCUAUGGAUUCAGCAAAAGUGCAGAGAUCUGUCUACAUCCGGAGCAAGGUAUAGUUCUACAGCAUCCUGUGUUUCAGAAAGACUGCCCUCACCUUGUGCAGACGAAGAGGAGAGUGGGUGUGAAAUCCUCAUUAAGGCAGAUGAGUCACCGAAUGUCCGAUGGGGUUGAGAAUCCAGGACAUCAGGCUCCUCUCGUCCUCCCAAGAGGAAGUGUGUCUGUCCACGGCGCUGUCUUCCGUCUAGUUGAAGCAAGGCGUGCUGCAGAGGUCUCAGAGAUGACCCUCCGUGUGUGCUACCGCCGCAUGGGCCCCGACCCCCAGCCCCGCGACUCCCGCAGAGCACUGCUGACUGGGCUCCGAGGACAGCCCCCCGAGGGGAAAGCGAUGUCGGUCUUGGCCUGCCAUGGCUUCUGCACAGCCCUGCAGCCAUGGAGAAAGCGCCCAGCCCCGGGUGGCAGGCCCCACGGCCUGGGGGCCAGCCUCGGGGCCUGCCUGGCCGACUGACCUUGCCUGCCUGCCACCCCCUCUUUUGGGCCCUCCGUCCUGGUGCCCUGGGUGCCCACAGGAACAGCCCCCUUGCUGGGCCCCCUCCCCCCGGGCCCCAGGCGUGGCCCUGCGGUUGGUUUUGCAGGGUGGGUGACAGAGGGGUCACGGAGUCUUGCUCAGUCAGGGUUCUGGGGUGUCCUUACCCCACUGCUAACACAGGGCCUACAAGUGAGCAGAGGCCCAGGGAGGGCCUGGGAAUCCUGAGCCAGGGAGCAGGGGUCUUAUCUACCGGCCUUACAUUUCUCCUCAUUUCUUGAAUACAGGAAGCACGUUCAGUUA